AUGAAAGCAUCAACAGAGAAGAAAUUAUCAGUAAGAGCUGAAAUCAUCAGUCAGAGGAGAAAUCAUCAGUCAGAAAAGAAAUUCUCAGACAGAGCAGAAAUUAUCAAUCAGAGCAGAAAGCAUCAGUCAGAGAAGAAAUUCGUCAGAGCAGAAAAUCAUCAGUCAGAGAAUAAAUCAUCGGUUAGAGAAGAAAUCAUCAGUCAGAGCAGAAAUUAUCAGUCAGAGCAGAAAUCAUCAGUCAGAGAGGAAAUCAGUCAGAGCAGAAAUCAUCGGUCAGAGAAGAAAUCAUCAGUCGGAGAAGAAAUCAUCAGUCAGAGCAGAAAUUAUCAGUCAGAGCUGAAAUCAUCAGUAAGAGAGGAAAUCAGUCAGCAGAAAUCAUUGGUCAGAGAAGAAAUCAUCAGUCGGAGAAGAAACCAUCAGUCAGAGCUGAAAGCAUCAGUCAAAGGAGAAAUCAUCAGUCAGAGCAGAAAUCAUCGGUCAGAGCAGAAAUCAUCAGUCAGAGCAGAAAUCAUCAGUCAGAGAAGAAAUCAUCAGUCGGAGAAGAAAUCAUCAGUCAGAGCAGAAAUCAUCAGUCAGAGAGGAAAUCAGUAA